CGGCAGAAAGCGGCGCGAGGAGCGGAGGCAGAAUGUUCCGUCAGAUGUACAAACAGGCCCGGAGCCACCCCAGCCUAAUUCCACUAUUUGUCUUCAUCUUAACUGGUAGUGCUGGAGCAAGCAUGUACCUCAUGCGGCUUGCUCUCCGCAACCCAGACGUUAGCUGGGAUCGCAAGAAUAACCCUGAACCAUGGAACAAAAUUCCACCAACUGGGCAAUACAAGCUCUAUGCGGUGAAUACGGACUACAGUAAGCUGAAGAAGGAUCGCCCAGACUUCUAAAUGCUAAUCACUGAGCUUCCUGUGUGGGUGGAUUUACUGUUCCAUGAAGCAAGCUGCAAAACUAUUACUACUGCGUCCUGUACACAGUUUAUUGAAUUAUUCAGUAAGAUAUACUACUGAACCUAACUUGUGUAUAUACAGAAGUAUAAUGUGAAUAAAUUGGUGUUCUCCAUUUCACUUGAA